GAGUUCAUGCACAUCAUAUGGAUAGAACAUCGAGUGAAGGGUCUGCUAGCAGCCUAGCAGUAGCAACAGUUCAGAAUUCAGAGCAUGGCAUGAAUAACUAGGCAUGGAUUUUAGUAAAAUAAUAAUCAGAACUCAGAAUUCAGAGCAUGGCAUGAAUUCAGAACAGACACCACAUCACCAAGUCACACUCUCAAGUUCUUCCUCGCCGUUUUUCUACAUGAGACAGAAAAUUUUGUCCAUGAAAUAGGAGAAACCGCAUCAUGGAAUAAAUUUUGAAAUCCAGUGUUUUUCUGGACUUCAGAGGCUUGAAAGCUUCAAUGGUGCAUCCAGAAAUUUGAAGACCCGGUCUCAGCCCAUGAAUGGCCCGAAAAAAAGCACACCUGACGAGGCGGAAGCCCAGUCCGGCCCAGUCAAAGGGAGUCAUCCAGUCCAGCUCGGCAGCAGAAACUGCCGAACGCGAGAGAGAGCUGAAGAUACUGGAACGCGUGUUUCCAUUUUUGCUGGGGACCGCCCCCCGUGUGGCCGUGCGGCCUCACGUGUUGUUUGUUUCUCAAUGCUGCCUUCCCUCGACGGCUCCCCGCCGCGCCGCCGGCACCGUCAAUGAUCAUCAUCCCGCAUUCCGCCUCGCGCUAGUAUUAGUACCCUAGCCCAGCGCCCUCCAAAAACCCUAGCGCGAGACCCUGGCUCCCUUCCCCCUCUCCGUCCCCAUGGACGACGACCCCGUCCGCCGCCGCCGCCUCCUCGCGCUGCCCGGCCCGCGCGCCCCCGCCGACUCCUACGGCAACCGCGUCCCACCCUCGUUCCUCCUCCCGCCCGUACACCCCGCCCCCGUCCGUUUCGGCCAGGGUGCCUUCGGCUACUACCAGGCCCCGCCGCUGCCGCCUGCAAGCGCUGGCGGCGGGGGUGCCGGCUCGUCCCAUCACGCGCGCUCGCUAUCGCAGCCCCAGCUCUCAUCCAUGGACUUCCUCUUCGGCCCGAACUCCUACGCCAAUCCGGCUGCGCCGACGCCGAUCGCGUUCGCCCCGCCGCAGCCGCCACCGGCCAACUCCCCCUCUGGACUGCCUCCGCUGCGGGCCGGGCACCGGCGGUCGCAGAGCGAUUUCCAGCUCGGGUUCUCGCAGCCGAACCCGCAAAUGCCACCUCCGGCGCCGGUGAACCCGCAGACGCCCGCGCCCGAGGGCCGCGAGUCGGUGACGGCCAACAAAAACAAAACCCUCGCUGACGGGCCCCUCGGCUCGCGCAAGAGCCCGAAGGGCCUGGACAACGUGGCCGGAUCCUCUGCGGACGGCGCCCAGGAGCGCCGCGACCAGGUGGACAGCCAGGCGCGCGGCCCGCGUGCGUGGAGCCCCGCUGACAGCAGCGACAACGAGACCGAGAGCGCGGACGGCAGCGUGCCUCGCCAUGGCCGCAGCUUGUCAGCGGACAGCUUUGUUGGUAAGCUCACCUUUGGAUCCGUGGGCCUGGUGUCGUCCAACCUGCCACCUUCGUCUCCAGGGAAGGAGGCUCCUGGCAAGCUGGCACGCAGUGGAAGUGGUUCCAUUGGCGGUGCCGCUGCUCUCGUUGCUACAGAUAUUGCAAUUGGGGGAUUCAGUGAGGCUGACAAGAAGAAGAUCAUGGAGAACGAGCGUCUCGCAGAGAUUGUGCUGACCGAUCCUAAAAGGGUCAAGAGGAUUCUGAACAAUCGGGUAUCUGCUGCCAAGUCAAAGGAGCGUAAGGUAAGGUACAUGUCAGAGCUUGAGCGCAAGGUUCAGGUGCUGCAGAAGGAGACUGCUACAUUAACUGGACAAGUGGCAAUGAUUCAGAGGGACCAUUCUGUGCUUUCAACUCACAACAAUGAGCUGAAAAUUAGGCUGCGAGCAAUGGAGCAGCAAGCACAGUUGAGAGAUGCUCUAAGUGAAACGUUGAAUUCUGAGGUCCAGCGCCUAAAACUUGCUGCUGGUGAGAUCAGUGAUCCUCAUGUGCUGAACGGUUCACAGCAACAAAUGAGCUCCCAGAUGAUUCAGCUGCAGCAGCUGCAAAUUCUGAAGCAAUCAUCAGAGACCCAGCAAGCGCAACAACAGCCACAACAUUCUGUGCAGCCUGGGACCCAACAACAACAGUGGAAUGUCUAGGAUGAUUUCGCAAAUGAGAUCUGCCAAGGGGAAGUUCAUAAUACCGAUUCAAUCAGGAACACCAUUUGUGCUGGACAAUAUUCGGCUUAGGUUGCAGGUGUUACUAUAGAGAAAUUCAUCUUUGUUUUUCCAUGUUGAGAUUAUUUUGUUCAUUGCCGGUUGAUACUUAGGUUGGUUUUUGUAUUGUACAAAGUGUCUGUCUCUGUAGCUUUGUGCUUGAAUUAUCAAAAACAAAUGAGGGUACAAUAUGUUGGGCUUUGCUUUUAAAGGGAACUUGCUGGCAAUAUACAGCAUAGACUUUUGGGUUAACUCAGCUUGCUUCGAUGUUGUUUA